GUUAAUGUGAACGCAACUUUCGUAAAUUGUUUGUCGCUGCCUCGGUGACCGCUAACGCAGUAACGGAACGGCUCUAUGAAAAUAAUUUCUAAUUGAAAUUUCAUAAUGGCAGAGAGUAGAGGGAACAGUCGAGCAAGUGGGACACGACCAUCAUCAGCAAGGAGUAGACCAUCUACUGGAGGUGCGGUUGGAGGUCGAAGGUCAGCAGCUGGAACCAAAGCUGGUGGUACAGGAUCCAGACCAUCAUCCAGUGCAGGUGUGAACAAGGAUCUUGUCAGCCGUGAAGAAGAGUAUAUGCGUCUGAAUGCUGCCCUCGAAGCCAAGACCGCAUCACUCAUACAGGAGGCUGAGACGGUCAUGAGAGAGCAAGAGGACAUCUUGACACGUUCUUUCAAUGGGCUUGAUCUGAGUGGCGAGGAGGAACGGCAAGCCAUAUUCAAUACUGAACCAGUCGUCUCUGAUGAUAUAUCAAAGCCUUCCCUUAUUCAACCCACAAACCUCGCAUCAGAGAAGAAACCUCCCUCUAGAGGCAGACCUGGGUCAGCUGCAGGUGCUGGCAGACCCCCAUCGAGGACUAAGUCAAGGACCAAAUCUCAGACUUCGAUGUCCUCUAACUUAGCUGAUGAUGUUGCUAUUCCUGAUGCUGUCCAAGCAGAUUACUCCUUAGCGGACACAUUCUCAGCAUUUGAUAAACAGUAUGCUGAAGGGAACCCUGCAGCUGCUGGAGAGUAUGAUGAUAUCCUACCUCAGGCUGCAGAGGGCAUGGGAUCAGAGGCUACCAUUCGUUUCCUGAAGGCCAAGCUCAGGGUCAUGCAAGAAGAACUGGACAGAUUAGCUCAUGAAUGCAAUCAGAAGGAUGAAUCGUUGGGUAAGCUUGAGGUACGGGUGAAGGAAGCAGAAGAGGAGAGAGCAAGGCUACAGAGAACCAACUCAUCUCAUCAAACACAGAUUGAUAAAUACAAGAGAUUGGCAGAGGAUACCAAGAGGAAGAGUGAUGGGUUGGAGAAUCAACUCACUGGACUCAGGAAGGAGUUAGAUGAACACAAGAGAAACCAGAAGAAAUCUGCUACAAGUCAGAGUGCCACUGAAGUCAGAUUGAAUCGAGCAAUGGAGGAGGUCGAGAAAUACAAGUCAGAUUUACAACGGAUGAAGACAUCUUCACGGGAAUCGUCUGAGGGGGAAAGAAGGAGAGUCGAACAGCUGGUUGCAGAAAACAAGCGUUUAGAGAAACAGAAGAAUGAACUCAUGUCAGGUUUCAAGAAGCAGCUUAAACUCAUUGAUGUACUGAAGAGACAGAAGAUGCAUAUUGAAGCUGCCAAAAUGCUUGCAUUCACAGAAGAUGAGUUUGUGAAAGCCUUGGAGUGGGGAAAUUGAUGAGGAAUGGGGUUGAGCUACAUCCUAUGAAGCAGAGAUGACAAUCUCUAUGGAAGCUAAGCUGAUAUAGCUUCCGCCACCCAAGAUGCAGUCAAUGCUAUGCUGAAAAUGUGAUGAAAUUGAGUGAGGUUAUAGACUCGUACAUGACUGCUGAGAAAUAAGUACACCAUCUUGAAAGAAAGGUUUUCAAUUAUCUAUUCUUUCAUGUCAUGAUUAUUCCAAGGAUGUUUAGAAAGUAAAUGGUUUCUUUUGCAAAGUAAAUAGUUUGUUCUCAUGUUGUCAUGCAGAGCUGCUCUUACAGGUAUACCUUUCUUCUCUGAAAUAGGCAUCAAUUGAAAGCCAUAGCUGCUAAACAUUCCUAUUUUGGAGGGAUUAUUCCUAUUUUUAGCCUUCAAGCUAAUAUUUCAAACCCUACAUUCCUCUCUUUUCCUGAAAUAUUCUGUUUGAAAAGUAUACAAAUUACUGUUGAAAAGACAUGGCAGUAAUGCAAAGAUCAUCAUUGUGUAUGUGUUUGUGUUUGUCAGUAGAUUGUAUGUAGAGCUACAUUAACUUCUAUAUCUGACUGUUAGCAUAGCACAUAUGAUGCCGAUAAGAGCGGGUUUUAUAGUGUGUGAAAACGACUUUAUAUUAUGUGUGGUAAGUGAUCUUAUCUCAUUUCCCAGAAACAUUUGUUAUCUGGGAAGUACUAAAGCCCAGCAGAGCUGGCCUGGGAUGCAGCCAUUAUUCAUGUACAUGGAAUGAAAUGAAACCAUUUCCCAACUGAUUCAAGGUGAUGUUGUUGAUCCGAACAGGCCUGUCAUUUCCUUUCAUUUCCUUUCAUUUUGAUAAUCAAAUUAGUUUUCCAAAAUAUUUUUAACUUAGAAUUGUUUAGGUGAUCUGAGUGAUCUGAGAUAUUAGUGAAAACACAUUUGUAAAACAUUAUGUUUUAAUGUGCAUCAGAAAGAAUAUAAAAGAUAAGGAAGAAACAUUAAAUCUAAACUGUCAUUAGAUUCAGACUGUUAGCAUACCAUUUGAUGAAGAUAAGAGCAGAUUAUAUAACAUGUCGAAAUUACAUUAUAUUAUGUGUGCUUACAGGGAUCUUAUGUCAUUUCCCGGAAACAUUUUUUAUCUGAUUAUGUUCUGUUACCUGUGAAAAAAACUAAUGCCAGAGCUGGCCUGGGAUUCAUGUACAUUGAUUUAAAUGAAACCAUUUCCCAAAAGAUUCAAGGUGAUGUUGUUAAUUCGAACAGACCUGCCAUUCCCUUUCAUUUUGAUAAUCAAAUUAGUUUUCUAAAAACUUUUUAAACUUAGAAUUAAUAAAGCGAUAUCAGAGUGAUCUGAAAUAUAAGUGAAAA